AUCAUGAUUUACUCUCCUCGCUACCUGGUUGAACCAGUGAUGCUAUUCUUCAUGUACACUUACAUCAUGCAGCUCAUAUUCUAUUCCGGUAUCUUCCAAGCUGACGUUUGGUAUGAACAAACCAAAAACCAGUCCCUUGUCAGACACUGUCUUUACCACAAAUCAGAAGAUAUCUGUCAGAACCUAUCAGAGAAUGGCACGCAAGAGUUCAGUACCUUCAACAUGUACAUUAGCAUAGAGUCCAGCCUGGUGGGGAUAGUAGUGAACCUACUAGUGGGGUACAUUGCAGACAGGGUUGCCAGGACUACUAUCCUCAGAGUCACCGUCUUCACCUCUAUAUUCAGCUCUGCAGUUCUGCUGGUGAACUCCUUGGUAAUGCAGAUGCCGAAAUAUAUUUACUACAUAGCAGUCUUCAUAGCUUACUUUGGUGGAGGAUUUGGGGCUUUUAUGGGGACAGCAAUGGCGUACAUCUCGGAUAUUGCGGAUAAGAACAGCAGGACAUCUCGGAUUGCAAUAGCAGAUGGCAUGUUGCAACUUGGGGCCAUGUUUGGUACGUUUGUAAGCGGUCUGUUGAUGUCCCAUGCUACCUGGUACAGCACACCACUACUUUGCGUUUCUGUUAACUUGUGCCUGGGUUUCUACGUGCUUUUUGUCAUCAGAGAUCCUCAACGAGCGAAGAAACCAAGAUCCGAAUCCGUCAGUUUCAAGGAAGCGUUUUCACAGAUGGUAGACGUUUAUACAGGACCAUCCAGAUAUCGUGCCAGAAUUUACAUUCUCUCGGCUGCAUAUUUGCUCCACUUCACCGCAUUCCUCUCUUACGCAGGAUUCUUUGUUAACUACUUGUUGUUGCCUCCAUUCAACUGGCCUGCCGACAAAAUUGGUCUCAUCUCCUCCAUAUCAAGUAUAGCUAACUUCCUGAUGGUGAUACUAGUUCCCUUCAUGAAGAUGGCAAGAAUACCUGAGACCCUGAUCGCCUCUAUCUCCUGCGGAAUGUGUUGUUUGGGUUUUGGAGUGGUCACGAUUGCUAGGAGCUUUACCCUCAUGACUGUUGCGAACCUGUUGAAAGGGGGCAGUGGUGUAGCGCUGGCUUUGUACAGAUCUCGACUAUCUAAAGUUGUGAAACCGACCCAGUAUGGUCAGUUGUUUAUGUUGCUGAACUGUUUCGAGUCCCUGGCCACUCUGAUAUCAUCAGUAGGAUUAUAUCAAGUUUAUUUGUAUACCAGGAAGUGGUUCCCGGGAUUUGCGUUUACCAUUCUCGUCGUAUUGGAGGCAGUUGCUCUUGUACUCACUCUAUGGGACGGUUGGUUAGCACGACUGCAGGGUGAGCCGGACCACAUGGACCCCGAACUUCUUCAAGAAGACCAGCAAGAAGUAGACGAUGAUGAGUUACUCAGCCCUGAUGAUUAUGUGAGCACUAGUGAGAAUGGACAAGUUAAUAAUGGACUGGAAAUUGAGGUGAACCCGGGACGUUCGAUCAAUUAAAUUCUGUAUUGAUGUGGAACAAAUAACUUAAUGUCUAAAAUAAAAGUGUCAGAGGAUUGGGAUUCCUGUCAGCCAAACAUGAUAAUUAA